CCCGCCGAACACAUAGAAGAAGUUCGUUGUCGACGGCAAUUGGGUCACCAGAGACGACGCUCGCGGCGAGUACUACGGCAGCUUUUACGACAAUUUCCUAUUGCCCGAAGACCUCACGACAGACCCAGCACACUCCACUACCACACCCUCCACCAUAUCUUCUGUUGCCCCCGGAGCAUCCACCACCACAAUGGCUGGCGAGGUACCCAAGGAGCCUAGACUCCAAGAAGAGAAAGACGUGCCUGGUUCAUUCCCAGAGACUCCUGGCGCAACUCCUGCUGGAGAGGCCCAGACAUUCAGCGUGAACCCAAUUCCAGCCUCAGAAGGUGUCGGAAACCCAAUCCAUCUCGCUGCCGGUGAACCUGUCCCAGACCCCAGCACCUUCAACAGCAAUACCAUCGCAUCCACCGUUGAGGAUGGCGUGACCUCGCAGCCAGACGCCGAGGCUGACACCUUCUCGGUUGCCCCAAUCCCUGCGACUGCCGGUAUAGGCAACCCCGUCACCCUCGCACCUGGAGAGAAGGUUCCAGACCCGAGCACCCUCACGUCAAACACCGUUCAGAGCACUGUCGAGGACGCUACUCCAGAGCCUGAAGCCGAGAAGACCUUCUCUGUAGCUCCAAUUCCCGCUACGGCUGGGAUCGGCAACCCAAUAACGCUUGCCCCCAACGAGGCAGUGCCUGAUCCAAGCACACUCACCUCAAACACCAUCGAAAGCACCGUAGAGGAUGAUGCCAAGGCCGACACCCUGCCGCAAGAAAACGGCAAGCCUAGCAAUGGCUCUGCAAUGUUUGGUGUACCGCCUGUCACUAGCACUCUCAUCCCAGAGUCCAGUCUGCCGAUGGGAGGUGGUGACGCUGCAGAGGAUGUCGUUGCCGGUCCAUUCAUCUCGUCUGCCGGAGCUGGUACUACUACUGCGGACCUUGCUGGUCAGGUGCCGAAAGAGCCUCGCGCCGCUCCCUCUGACCCAACUAUCCAGUCGGUUGCGCCCGAAAGCACCACAGCCGCUCUUGCUGCCGAAGUUCCAAAAGAGACUCGUGAAGCCCCUGCUGACCCGACAAUUUCAUCUGCCGGAGCAGGUACUACCACUGCUGCCCUUGCCGCCGAAGUCCCCAAGGAGACUGCAGAAGUCCCGGAGAUUGUAAGCGAAUCGCAAGCAGCAGCCGACGCCGCGCCAGAAGCUUCAGCAAACACCGGCAACAGCAGGAGCAGCGGCGGCGGCGGUCAGUGUGCCAUCAGGUCCAGCGGACAGCCGUGAUCAAUCGACGCCAGCGGUCACGACCGGCGCGACGACCACCUCUGCCUCUACGAAGACGGAAGCCGGCCCCGUCACUCCCAAGAAAGACGCGCCGUCCAAGGCCUCGGAGUCGGAGACGACGGCGAGCAAGAAGAAG